AUGGCUUCAGCGGCCAUGGAAUCCGAUGACGGUGUGUCUGCUCAACCCGUGAUCGGUACAACCACGACACCCGUUACGGAGGACGGAAGGCUGAACGACCUGGCCAAACGGGUCCGCGAGGCGGAAUUGGGAUUAUUCACAGUGCCGAGCUUGGAAUCAUUCGAAGCUCUUAAAGUAUGUCGGACGGCCAUUCUCCAGUACCACAGGGAUCGUGAAGAUGCGGCGAAUACUGCAGGACAAUUACUAGCUGAAGAGGUGGAGGACAUCGACAAGCAAGUAACCAACCUCAUGCUCUCCGUCAACGACGCCCUACACCUAAUCCUCGCGCAAAUAUCAGUCGAGCAGAGCACCGCCGGGAACAAAUUAGCGGAACAAUCCGCCGAAAAAGCAGAAAGGAUUGCAAAAGUAUCCGGGCGUGCGACCUUCGCCUUCUCGCUCGUAGCCGCAUUCUAUUUGCCUCCUACCCUCGCUACCCGAAUUUUCGGGAUGAACAUCAACCUCAUUAACGGUGCAAAGGUGGACUUUUGGUGGCCGAUUGUGGUGUUUGCGGUGCUUCAGUUUUCCUUCGCGGCAAGACUCCUCCCCAUCACUUCUCCCCUCCCAGACCCUCCGAACUGA